AUGUGUGACCCACUUGACCUAGAGGAAACAGCAACCCACACAGGUCCAAAGGGUGUUAUCAAUGACUGGAGGAGGUUUAAAUUGGAGAGCAUGGAGCAGGAAAACCUGCCACCUGCAAAACGGGAACUGCUCAGACAAAUGUCAUCACCCCAUCGGAAAAAGGAUGAUUCGAGAUCAAAUCUUAAUCGCAAGAUGAGUGUACAAGAGUAUGAACUGCUCAAGGAGGAGGAUGAGGGCUGUCUUAAGAAGUACAGAAAACGGUGCAUGCAGGAGAUGCAUGACAAGCUCAGCUUUGGGCCGAAGUUUGAAGGCGUGCACGACCUGGACAGUGGGGAGGCAUUCCUCGAAGUAAUUGAGAAAGAACAUCACAGCACGGUGGUCGUAGUCCACAUUUAUAAGAUUGGAGUCAAAGGGUGUGAAGAGCUCAACAGCUGCCUCGACUGUCUGGCCACAGAGUAUCCCACUGUUAAAUUCUGCAGGAUUGAUGCCGUUUCUUCAGGUGCUGCUGAGAGAUUCUCAGAUGAGGUGUUACCUACCCUUUUGGUCUAUAAGGCAGGUGAACUGCUGGGGAACUUCUUGGCCUGCACACAGCACUUAAACGAAGAGUUCUUCGCUACAGAUGUGGAGGCCUUCCUCAACAGUUAUGGUUUGCUGCCAGAGAAAGAAGCACCGAUGAUGGAUGAUGAAGAGGAGAAUGAUGUAGAGUAA